UUCGGUGACCAAGUAAUCAAUAUAUUAAGAUAUAUAAAUCCUUCUUUACGACACUUACCAGACAGAUUCAAUACGCCAAUAAGAUAAACGACUACUACACUGAAGCCACUACCGUCUUUACACCAAAUCUCAGAAGACAAUACCAAAAUUCUCAUACGAACCUAAACAAAAUGUCUAUAGGCGAAGACUUUGAUCUUUUGAUCGCCCCUGGAUCUCUCGUGGUCGUGACGGGCGCGAAUGGGUAUAUCGGAUCCCAUAUUGUGGACCAGUUUCUACAACGAGGUUACCGGGUCCGUGGUACUGUCCGUAAGGCUUCUAGGGAUCGAUGGCUAAAAGACCAUUUUGACGGGAAAUAUCCGGGCAAAUUCGAGUUGGUCGAAGUGCCCGAUAUGGUAGCGAGCGGUGCAUAUGACGAGGCCAUCAAAGGGGCAUCUGGCUUCGUACACGCCGCAGCUCCUGCGAUGGAUGCGAUGGAAAGCGCCGAUCCCUACGCUAGAGUCAGAAUCGUAGUGGAUAGCACGGUACGCGCCCUGGAAUCAGCCGCAAAAGAGCCAGGGAUAAAACGAUUCGUCUUAACAUCCUCUUCUGGGGCGGCGGUAUUUCCUAUCCCCGACAAGGCUCUGUCGAUUGACUCAAACACCUGGAACGAAUACUCGGUUAAGGAGGCAUUCGCCCCACCACCGUACGAGGGCGAGAAACGCAUUGUGGAUGUCUAUUAUGCUAGCAAGACUAAGGGCGAGCAGGCGGCGUGGGAAUGGAUGCGUGAACAUAAACCCCAUUUUACAUUCAAUGCGAUCCUGCCCGACUUUAAUACGGGGGCGCCCAUCAACGUAGCUCGACAGGCUUCUCGCAGCACGGCGGGCAUGAUCAGAGUCUUGAUAGACAAAGGUGAAGCCUUGAAGCCGGAAGAUGUAGUAUUCCCACCACAGUGGUAUAUUGAUGUCCGUGAUGAUGCCGCAUUGCAUGUGGCUGCAUUAAUAUAUCCUGACGUGGCGGGCAAACGCCUCUUCGGCUUCGCUUACCCCUUUACGGUCAACGAUGUUAUCCGAACGCUGAAAGCGCUAUACCCAAACCACAAAUUUGGGCAGGAGAUCUCCGAUGUAGGUAAAGAUCUAUGCAGUGUCGCAAACGAGAGAGCUGAGGAGCUGCUGAAGCGACUUACCGGUCACGGAUGGUUGAGUUUGGCUGACGGUCUGAAGGAUACUGCUGAAGCAUUAGGGAUUCAUUAGGGAUUCAUGAGGAGUCUCUUCACUAAUCGUAAAAUGAUGUCAAUACCCGACAUGUCGCAUGGUAGGCGGUAGAAAGUGCGCCCGAGAGAGGCGAUGUGGAUUCACGAUGGCGGAACCAGUAAAUAUAGAGUAGUG